ACUUUUAAGUACAUCCCAUGAAUAGAGGAAAGGUAAGUAAGAAAAGCUAUGCAUGGAGGAGUGAGUCGCAGCACUGAAGUGCGUCAUCUAAAGGAUUCUGUGAAGCAUGAAUUGGCUGUGCUCCUUGAUCAAGGAGAUCAAUGGAAGCUGUUCAUGGAGCUGAUUCCCAAGAACCUUAGUGAUGCAGAAUCCCCACCCAAAUACACCCAUAAAGACAUCAGCAUUAUUGAGCAGGGAGCAAGCCAAGAAAAGCAGCUGGGGUUUGAGUUGUUGGUGGAGGAAUGGGGAACAAGCGGACAAUCCCGUCCCACUGUCGAGCAUCUCCUUGACCUCCUUGUUCGGGGGGAAAUGUUUGCACCUGCUGACUAUUUAGCCAUUGAUGUCCUUAAUGAGGAGGCACCAGAUCGGCCUGUGAAGGGCCCAGCUGCCAAGAUUCCCACCAAUGCCACAACUCACUUCUCAGAUUCUCCUCAAAUGUUCAUCACUGAACAUGAUUCUGAGGUGCCCCUUGGAUGUCUCAGUGAUAUUGCUGGCUUCACUCAUGUGCUUGCAGAAGCUGGGAACCCAGUGCUAGGAAAUGUAAUCCCAGCCGACUUGGAGGUGGAGUCCCAUCUCUCCCAGAUUCCAUAUUCAGUGUUGUCACAAGUCACAAAUGGCUUCCAGGAAUCCCCAUUGGAGAAUGGAGGUCGGAAGAUUGGACAGGGGGCAUUUGGCUCUGUAUUCCUUGGCAUCUUUGGUGAUGGGAAGAAUGUAGCUGUGAAGAAACUUCUUCCUCCCAUCUCUUCCAAAGUUCUGGAUCAGUUCAAGAUGGAAAUCCAAGUUCUAUCCAUGUAUAUGCAUGAAAACGUGUUGCCUCCCCUGGGGUAUUCGUGUGAUGGGCCUGCUCUUUGUCUUCUCUAUGACUACAUGCCUUGUGGGAAUUUGCUGGACCGUCUUGCCUCUAAUGGAGAAGAUAUGAUUCUGAGUUGGAAAGAUAGAGUGAGGAUUGGCAUGGGCACAGCUGCAGGGAUUGCAUUCCUUCACACAAAUGGAGAAAAGCCCCUCAUUCACCGGGAUGUCAAAUCUGCCAACAUCCUUCUGGACUGGAAUCUCAUCCCCAAGUUGGCAGAUUGUAGCCUGGCACGGCUAGGUCCAUCUGGACAAACUGAAUCUGUUGCCAUGACAACCACCAUUAUGGGGACACCUGUAUACAUGGCUCAUGAAGCAUUCCGAGGACAGAUCACUGCUGCCAUGGACACAUUCAGCUAUGGCAUUGUAUUGUUUGAGUUGAUCAGUGGCCUCCCACCAUAUGAUGUCAAACCAGAUGGUGAUUCCCAGAGAAUGGACCUGCGGGAGUACAUGGAGUCAAGAUGUGAUGAAGGUCGUGUCCUCAAUGCAUCAGUGGCUGAUACACGUGCAGGAUCAGUUAGUGACCAUCUUGUGAUAUCUCUGCUUCAGCUGGCCUUUGAGUGCAUCAAGUUCAAAGCAAACCAGCGACCAUCAAUGACAGAUGUCCAUCAAAGACUCCUUGACCUCAGCUCCAUUACAUGAAGUACUUUACCCUUUCAAUGCUGUUUUUUUUUAGGCAGCACCCCAUAUGCAAGUGUAUUCCAGGUUCUUUGUUUUAAGUGAGAUGGUACUAAUUUUAACUGUGCACGUUCCCCUUAGAAGUGAAAGUAAUGAAUUGAUGUCAGAUGAAAGCCUGAUUGGCUAGAUUUACUAACACUGCAGUAUGGACUAAGAAUGGUACAUACUUGAAUUGAUGAACUAUUCAUUGAAAAUAAGCUCAUGAAGACCAUCUGCAAGAGACAAUCAGUCCCAUGAAUGAAUUUAAAGGGAAGAGGAGUUCAACGUGGUCUGGAUGACCAGGAGGAACAGCAUGUUCAAGUGUUUCCUCCACUCCACUACCAAGCAGGAGCUCUUGUCCAUUCUCAAUGUCUAACUUAUUUUCAAUAAUUCCUGAUAAUAUUGCUUCAGAUAAAAAAAUUCAGAUGAAACUUUGCAAAUCCAUUGGAGGCAUACUCGUAUAUACAAAGGGAAAGUUUCACAAAAAUGGCUCCAGUGCAAGCAGUGAUAUUUAUAUCAAAAGUUGUUGGUUCUUUUCUGCAUACCCAUUAUGUCAGAAGCAUUGAAAGAGUUUAAAGACAUCAAUAUAUUUGUCUAUGUGAAUUGCUAAGGGCCUGGACAGAAUGGGAACUUCUCUGUAGAUUGAGG